AUGCCUGACAAAGGACCCAUACUUAUACUAAUAGGGGGUGGUCAUGCCGCUGGUAAAAAAACCACUUCCAAUUUAUUGAAAGAAGAGCUUCGUUUCUCUCUUCCAGAUGUUGAUCUUGAUAUAGAAAUAGUUGAUCUAGAUGACUACAAAGAAGAGGAUUCCAAGAGAGAAUAUUCCACUUCAAAAUCAGCAGCUAUCACCCUUCCAAAUAAUUCCGAUAUUAAAUAUCCACCUUUAAAGCCAUCCCGGUUUAAUUUUGACAAGUUAAGGGAGUAUUUAUUAAGUGCUAUUCUGAAGUCAAAACAAAAGAUUCUUAUUGUUCAUGGGUUAUAUGCUUUAUACGAUAAAGACGUACGUGAUAUAUCACACAUUAAAGUUUUUCUUACAAGCGAUCCUGAUACAAGGCUAAUUCGUUGGAUCAGACGAGAUGUUUUAGAUCCUAAUAGAAAUAAAACACUAGAAUCGGUCAUCAAUGCUUAUCUUCAAGGUGCUAGAGCAGAGAUGAGUGAUUUUAUAUUUCCAACUAAGGAAUUUGCCGAUGUGAUUAUGCCGAACGGAGCAGAGAAAAAUGCAAUCAGGUUAAUAGUUGAUGGUGUAAUGUCUUUAUUGCCUGAAGAAGACCAACCUCAGAAUAUGUUCUUACCUCGUACAAAUAACCUUAGACCAACUGUCAGCUUUGAUGGUGAAAAAUUUGACGGACAAAAGGGUAAGUUCUACGAGUUAAGCUAA